GCUCACCCACCCUAGUUCCGUUUGCUACCUUUUUUCUGUCGCAUUGGGUAAGCGCCCAAAGCCACCUUCCCAGGCCAAGGAAACGCUGCGCCAUGCACAACAUUUCCGCCUCCGCAAUUUCGUAUCUUUUUGCCGAAAGGUAAUUCACAAACUAAUUAGGUCAAAUUUGCCACCAGAUGAUUUGUGAUCGGCGAUCAAUUUGUGAUUAAUGAGUUGAAAUCGGGGGCGAUCGAAUGGGAACGAUUUCGGGUCAGAAUGAUGUUCCCCGCUGGUCACAUUUCAUCCUCGCCCUUCUUUUCGCGUUCGCUUGCGCUGCCGCCAGGUUCCUCCUUGACAAAUUCAUCUUUCGUAGGCUUGCCGUUUGGCUUGUGAGAAAUGGACCUACUACCAAUCGGAGGGUGAAUGAGACUACAAGAGCCAAAGUUGCAAAAUGCUCUGAAUCCAUGUGGAAACUAACAUACUAUGCCACUGUUGAGUUUUGGGUCCUAAGUACCAUCUACUAUCAGCCAUGGUUUGUAGAUAAUAAGCAAUAUAUCAGAGGCUGGCCAGAUCAUGAGCUUCAGCCUUCCAUAGCACUUGUCUAUAUGUGUCAAUGUGGUUUCUAUAUCUAUAGCAUUGCUGCGCUCCUUGUGUGGGAAACUCGCCGCAAAGAUUUUGCCGUCAUGAUGUCUCAUCAUAUAAUUACUGUUAUGCUGAUUUCAGGCUCAUACAUGACAAGGUUCUUUCGAGCUGGAUCUGUUGUUCUGGCACUACAUGAUGCUAGUGAUGUCUUCAUGGAAGCUGCUAAAGUGUUUAAAUACUCUGAGAAGGAAUUUGGAGCCAGCUUAUUCUUUGGACUAUUUGCAGUUUCCUGGCUUGUUCUAAGGCUUGUUAUUUUCCCAUUUUGGGUUAUAUGGUCCUCAUGUUACUACAUGAUAGAGGUGCUGAGGCUAUCAGAGCUCUUGUCUCAUGUGUUACUAUACUAUGCCUUCAACACUAUGCUGUUGACCCUCCUUGUCUUCCACCUCUACUGGUGGAUUCUUAUAUGCUCAAUGAUCAGAAGACAGUUGAAAAACAGAGGGCAAGUCGGGGAAGAUAUACGAUCUGAUUCAGAAGGUGAAGACUAGUUUGGUGGGGAUAUGGUUUCUGACUCCUUUACCUUAAGAUGGCAGCAGCCUUGGAAGAUUGGUUUAACACUAGUUGUGUUGUUGUAGGUUUGGUUCUCCAUCUAACUGUGACAUUUUGUCUUGAAGGUUGGUAUUUUUCCUCUUCAAGAGACAUAGUGGUUACAAUGUAAAGCACAUUCCCUCCCCCCGCAAAAAUUGUGUGUUUUUGCUCUUCAAGGUUUGCCUCUUAGAAACUGAACUAAAUUUAGGGACAUUUU